AUGGGGCCCCCGGGCAAUAGGGGAUCAUGGGGCCCCUGUGUCCUUGCCCAAACUCAAAGAAGCCUACAAAAUAGUAAAAUCAGUAUUUCUUUAUUUGACAUUUCGUCACACAUAAAGCAUUUAAGAUAAAAGUUAGUUGUAGAAUAUACCCGCAAUGAAUGUCGCAGAGCCCACCACAGGGGCGGACUGACAACUCAUGGGGCCCCCAGGCAAUAGGGGAUCAUGGAGCCCCUCUGUCCUUGCCCACACUCAAAAAAGCCUAUGAAAGGUACCAGGGACAUCUCAUGGGGCCCCCUACUGACCCCGGCCCUCGAGCAGUGCCCGAGUUCCCCAGUGGUCAGUCCGCCCCUGGCCCACCAUAUAAUGAAGUAUAACACCCAGUGAUGUAACGUAGACAUAAACCAC